AUGAGCAUUUCUCAAACCGCAAAUCACUAUUUUACUCACGAGAGUCGAGUAGCAUCCUUCAGGAAAGCACAGCCUAUCACUCAACGUAGAUCUUCCAACGUGAGCCUCAAAGGGCCCAGAUCUUUGAAAUGGCCUCACAAAUUUUUACCCGCCCAAGAUCUCGCCGGUGCAGGGUUUUUCUAUUAUCCUACCCACAUGAACCCAGACAACGUCGCCUGCUUUCUCUGCCAUAGAGCCCUUGAUGGGUGGGAAGAGACCGACGAUCCUUUUGUUGAGCAUCUCAAACAUUCCCCCGAUUGCGGCUGGGCUAUUACUACAGCGAUUGGGAGAUUAGGUGGAAGCUUGUACGAACAAGACCCACUUAGCUCUAAGUUGCUGGAGGCGCGAAAAGCAACAUUUGCCGACAAAUGGCCUCACGAAGGGAAAAAAGGAUGGAAAUGUCAUGUGAAACAAAUGGUUGAAGGAGGGUUCAGUUACACUCCAACGCUCCAUCAUAACGAUAUGGUAUCCUGUACCUAUUGUUCAACAAGUCUAGAAAACUGGGAGAAAUUUGACCAACCAUGGGACAAACAUUUUGAGAGUUCACCCAGUUGUAAUUUCUUCACACUAACAUCAAAUAAUAAAGAAAGCUCUUCCAAACUAAACUCUACAUCAAGAAGUAGUAGAGCGCCUAAAGCAUCCAAUUUGUCUGUACAUUCUAACAGCACACUCGAUUGUGUUAUACAAACGACUGGCUUCUCUACUAAAAACGAAGAAGCAAUCACCGGUCAGAAUAAAAAUGCUAGUAUAAAUACAAACAAAGAGGAAAAAGAUGCAACUAGCAAGCCCAAGAAAACUAGGGUAAAGAAAGAUGAAACAUUACAAAAUACCUACUCUUCAUUAGCUGUACCAGAACCUUCUCGUAGCAGGAAGAGAAAGAGUGGUGGACUCUACUCAUCUGACGGAGAUGCCAAUUCUUACCUUCCAUCCAAGAGAGUUAGUACACGAUCACGAGGAAGCAUUGCAGCAGAGAAGCUUGUGGAUGGUACCGCAAAAAAAACUUCACAGUUAAAUACCAAACUAAGUCGCCGAAAGGUCAGAUCAAACAGUAGGAUCUCGACCACUUCCGAGCUAUCCACGAAGGCUACUUCCUCGGAUAGAAUAGAAGUCCAGAUAAGACCGAAAGCAGGCCUGGUCGAAAAUUCAAACAGCGACCGGACUCGUGAGAGCUCAAAAGUAGCCAAUUUUCCUGGCUUCAAGAAUUCUUCGACCCGCACUGAGCCAGCUCAGAAUGGUCCACCUGCCGCGAAAACAAACCUAAAGCCUCCCCCUAAACCAACUAAAACAAGAAGUGCGCAAGCAAAUAAGUCAUAUCCACAAAAAAAAGUAGUCACAAAAAGGUCUACAGAAAAAAAAAAUGAAUCCAAAGACAGCAUUUUUGCCCAUAAACCUUACAACAAGCUAACUAAUGAAACUUGCUCCCAAAUAUCACAUUCCAUUUUGAGCCAGAGCAGAGAAACAUCCCCUACACGACAUACAGUUAGAGAAUUACGACACAGAGAUAUCAGAGAAUCCAACGUUUCCUCCAGAAGUAACAACGAAUCAUUUACUGAUAAUCUGAAUAUAAUUGGUACAGAAGGCACAACUGUAGACUCAGCGAUUUACAUUGAUGAAGUCAUAGCUAACUAUCCAUCUACUUAUCCAUCUACUUUGCAGAGUGCCGAUUGCCAUAUCAUUUCAACAGAAGAGCAGCAGGAUAACAGAAAGCCCGAAGCAGAGACUCAAGAAGUUGUAAAAGUUCCCGAUAAUCCCAGCGAAGUUACAGCAACCCAAAGAUCUACAAGAGCAUCAGAAAGAAGGAAACCCCAAACUGUAGAGGAGAGCACCUCAGUUAAAGAGAUCGUCAAUACAACAACCCAACUUACUCCCGAGACAUCUUACCUCAACGAAAAAGCUGUGGAGGCUAUCAUACCAGAACUAACCAAUGCGGGAAAAAAUUCAUUGAAAGAAUCCCCAAGAAUAUCUAUGUCCUCUCAAUUGACAAUACGUGCGAUAUCAAAGGCCUGUACUUCAGGAUCGCAGGUAGAUUCGUCACCAAUUAACGGAUCAAUCUCAGAUAGCACUAGUAGGAAAAUAAUAUCCCCAUCUAAAAAUCACAAUUCAGAAGUACAGCAUGUAGAUUUAUCUCGGUCCCCGCAAUCUUCAGAUGCUGAAAAUCAGCCUCCGUCUUCUCUACCUUUUGCUGUUGCUAUUCAGCCAUCAUCAGCUGGAUCAAGUCGUCGCGGAAGGCCCGUAUCUACUCUAUCUAUUCCCCCACGAUCACCCCAGAAAAAUUAUGUCAACUUCCAGAAUGGACAACCAUGGACCGCUUUAGAUCUCGACACAAUCUGCUUGAGAUCUCAUACAACCGCCGUUGCUAGUAGCAAUGAUCUCUUUGGCAGAGAAGUUGACCAGGAAAGAUUGAGUAAACUAUCGAACUUGGAAAAAGCCAUGACAGUAGAGAAAUGGAUUCUUCACAACGCCAAAUUAGCAGAAGAGAAGCUUAAAGACCAGUGUGAGCGGAUGGUCGGAAUAUUUGAGCGCGAAGGGAUGAGAGCCAUGCGCGCGCUUGAAGGCGUUGAGUGCCAAGAUUGA